GUACACCAUGCCCGAAGUCGGCUAGUUCGCGACUUUUGUGCGGGCAGUAUCCGCACCAAGACAAGAGCGAGAUAAGGCUUCCGAGAGUCGAAUGGUCGGCCGAUCGCGGAUGAUUUGUCAGAGAUAGUGGUGGCGUGCGCGAGCACCCACCGUCAGCCAGGACAAGCGCAGCGAGAGGGUUGAGAGGAUCGGCCGACGGUGGUAGUGAUCUCUCGAUCGAAAGAGAGCGAGAGAGAAGGAAGAGAAAGAGAGAGAGAGAUAGAAGGGGCUGAAGUGAAGUGCGAGAGUGAAUCGACGUGAACCUUGCCACGCUCACUCGGACCGGUCGGCUGAAAUUUUCGGCGCGGUGACGUGACGGCUCCGGGAGGACGCCCGUUGACGCCGACGUCGUCUACGGGGAGAGUGCGGAGGCGGCUUUUUUCCUCUCUCCUCUUCCUCCUCCUCCUCCUCCACUUCAUGGCGCGAGCCGACGCGUCCUCAGGGACCUCGUCCACGAAGGAACGAACGACGUGAGGGACGACGACGACGCGCAGCCUCUUCUUUCCUCCUCCUCCUCCAAGGUCCAGGUGCCAUCGGCCGAGGAGAAACACGCAGGCACGGAUACACAUACAUACACACAUAUAUAUACAUAUAUAUAUAUAUGCACGCACCCGAGUGCGUCACCGCCCAUAUGUGAUGUGUCCCGUGCGUGAGAGCGAAUGAGUAAUCAUGUACUGUCAAGACAAGGGUUCGACCGCCUCCAAGAGCAAAGAGGGGCCUGUGACAAUGCGGGAGAAAAAAGGUGGUGCUCUCAGUAGAGUACAAAAAUUAAAAAAGCGUCUCAGUCACAGUUUUGGACGACUUUCUAUAUCAAAAGAAGAGGCUGAUGAUGUGGCAACCAGAGGCCAAUUGCCAUACAAUGGCUAUUCUGAGGAGUUCCUAGACCGCUUGGAGCCAAAUGGCAAUAUACCUGCGGAUAAAGAUCGUCGUUAUGAAUGGACGGGUGUGGGCGACCAUGAGAGAGUGCAUCGGCAGCUUUCGGUUUCUAGCGAUUCCAAGCUUCUCGAUGAAGACAUACGAGAAGAAGCUAGGGUAAUCCUGCGGCCCCGACGUCCUCCGCGGCCGAAAUCGGAGGUUUUCCUUGGUCCGGACCCACCUAGAAGAACUAAAAGAUUCUCCGCCUUUGGGGGAGAUUCGCCGUUCGGUAAAUCCGAGGCUUAUAUAAAACUGGAGCAGUUAGGAGAGGGAUCAUACGCCACAGUGUUCAAAGGCUACAGCCACCUCACUAAUCAGGUGGUGGCUCUUAAAGAAAUUAGACUGCAAGAGGAGGAAGGAGCUCCGUUUACUGCCAUUCGCGAGGCAAGUCUCCUCAAAGAGUUGAAACAUAGCAAUAUCGUGACCUUACACGAUAUAAUUCAUACCCGCGAGACGCUCACCUUCGUAUUCGAAUACGUUCACACCGAUCUGUCGCAAUAUAUGGAGAGGUAUGGAAGCGGUAACGGAGGACUAGACCCACGUAAUGUUAAAUUGUUUCUUUUUCAAUUAUUGAGAGGACUGGCAUAUUGCCAUCGCAGGAGAGUCCUGCAUAGAGAUGUGAAGCCGCAGAAUUUAUUAAUCAGCGAGAUAGGAGAACUUAAAUUGGCAGACUUUGGAUUAGCGAGAGCGAAAUCUGUGCCAUCGCAUACAUACUCGCACGAGGUCGUGACCCUAUGGUACAGGCCGCCCGACGUUCUUUUAGGUUCCACAGAGUAUUCCACCUCGCUCGACAUGUGGGGAGUAGGUUGCAUAUUUGUGGAAAUGUUAACUGGCGAACCGACAUUCCCGGGUGUACGCUGUACGUACGACCAACUCGAUAAGAUAUUUAAAGUUCUGGGCACACCCAUCGAAGAAACUUGGCCGGGUGUUACGCAUCUGCCUGGGUAUAAGGCACAUAGACUGUUAUUUUAUCCGCCGCGGAAACUGGGAAUCUCGUUUCCCCGGCUGUACGACAUUGCCGAGGGCGAUAGUAUGGCGUCGUCGCUCCUACAACUGAAUCCCGAUCAACGGAUAGGAGCAGAGGAAGCGUUAGGACAUCCCUAUUUCGCUUCUCUUCCUAGAAAAUUAUACGAAUUACCUGACGAAGUGUCGAUAUUCAGCGUAGAAGGUUGUCACUUGUAUACAAACUCGAGGCACGGAUGCGCGGAUUCGCGUCACACGACUCUUAAGACUUGAGGUUAAAGCAAACGUUAUUGAAGUAAAUUAUAAGUAAAUUCGCAAUUUACACAUUGAGUGAAACGUUCAUUCGUAUGAGAUCCAUAUGUUCAGGUACACAGAACACACACACACACACAGGCGCACAUGCACUACUCCCAAGCGUGUUGUUCGCUCUCUCUCAGGGCUGCUCCAUAAUUUUUCCCGUUCUUUUUUUUUUUCAUACGUAAUAUAACAAUAUUCUUUUCUCUUUUUCGAUUUCUCGAGAGUAUAUACGUAUCGAAUCAAUUAAUUAUCAAUUAACGACGACAAGUCGUAACUGGUCACACAAGGAAACAAGAAAGUAAAGCUUACGGCUAAAAGUUAAAAAAAAUGAUUAUAAGAACUUGCGCACGCUCGAUUUAGAAAGCACGCACGACCCAUCCUCGCACUUCGUCCAAAUACUAGAUUUAGAUCGAUACCAAUCAAAAGGAAAGAAAAAAAGUACCAUACCGCCGCCCUACGUCCCCCCGGAACCUCAGCCCAAGCCAAAUAGGGCGGGCGGUCGCUGGUUUUAGCAAAACUAUUACGAAGUAAUUAAUUACUUAUCUUAGAAAAAUUGUGGAAGACCUGUAGCACUCUAUAUAAAACAAACUUUAUUGCUGUUGCUUUCGAGCAUACGAUG